AUGCCCAGGAAUAAAGUCACCAAAAUAAAGCGAGCCAAAGCCGGGAAAGGAAAGAAAGAAGGAAAACAGGAGACCAAAGCGGUGAAAGAGUCCGACGUGGAGAAAGCCAAGGCCAACGCUGCCCUCUGGGAGCUGCGGCUGCAGGUCACCGAGCAGUCGCUCUCGGAGUAUCGCGAGGCUUGCCGCAAAUUGGCACGCGCGAACGAAGAGCUGACGAGCCAACUGUACCGCGCGGAGAAGGACUCGAUCAACAUCACGGGCUUCCUGAAAAGACAGGACGCGACUAAAGAGGACACGAUCCACGCGCUGCAGAAAAGCCUCACAAGUCAAGACGGACUUGCACGUGAAGAACAAACCAAACUGGUCAAUGAGUACACAAUUAAAAUCAAUGAGAUGGAGGACCUGUUCAGAAAGAAGUCCAGUGACUUUAAUAUGAUCCAAGAUGGGAUGAAGAAAAUUAAGGAAUUUCAGAAGAGGAAACUACAGAUGGAGCAGGAGCUCGGUGAUAUUAGAGAAAAUAUGGAUACUGCUGAUAAGGAGCACAGGGAAAACCUCAACAAAAUGGAGUUCAAAUUCUUCCAAGAAAAGGGUCGCCUGGAGAAGGAAGCUGAGCAACAGAUAGCCCUGGUGGAAGAGAGGGCCCACAAUGAAGCCAUUGUGCAGUUGGAUGAUGCCUCACGCUCUGUAUUCAAGGAGAACGUCCGUCUAAAUGAAGCUCUGAAAUAUCACAUGAAGGAGGCAGAGCAACUGCAGAUAUUGACAAAUUCAAUGGCAAGGGAAAAUGCCUCCAUGGCACUGGACAAGAACACGUAUGAGUUGAUGGUAAAAGAAAACACAGCUCAGAUGGAGGCCCAAAGAAAGGAGCUGUCUAAACUGAGGGCCAAGGUAGCUUCCCUGGAGCAGGCCCUGGAGCUAAAAGCUGGAGAACCUGAGAGAGAGGAGGAGAAGGAGAAGGCGAAGACCCUGGUCAGCAUCCAAGCUGGCCAGGUAGAGCUGGAGAAGCUCCAUAAAGUGCUUUCCAUGCGGGAGAAGGAAUUGGGGCAUGUCAAGCGGCUAGCCAACACCGUUGUAGAGCAGCGCACAGAGCUGGAGCAGUUCUUCCAUGAGGCAAUGGCUCAGGUGAAGCAGGAGAUCAUGGCCAGCAGGUUGCAAUACAAAAAGGAGGCACUACAUGCUUAUCGCUGGAGGCUGAGAGAAGCCACAGCAGGAAAACUAAAGUUCCCACCUAUCCGCACCUUUCAAAAAGGCCCCCACAGUACCAACUCGGUCUAUUCCGACAUGGAGGAGGCUGCCAGCUGGACUCACCAACCAGGCAGCAAAGUUGAACUCUCAGAUCUAACUUGGGAGCAGAAGGAACAAGUGUUCAGGCUGCUCUUUGCUAAAAUGAAUGGACAGAGUGAAAGGAAAGCCAGCCAACAUCUGGCUUUGUCUGCCUCCUCUGAGAAGAGCCUUAUUGACAGCGAUGCUGCCGGAAUUAGAGCGGAGCUCUCUCCGGCGACCUUCAUCACCGAGGCACCUGAGCCCACUCUGCCCUCAAACAGCCUGCCGAAUAUACACACUGCAUGACCUCCGUGUGGCCUCUGCAUUGCUGUGAACAUGUCCCACAGAGUGUCAAUCAUGUGUGUAGUAUAUUUAAGAUUAGUUUUUUUGCUGUGCAUUAUAAAUAUCUUACUAUGCAUGUAUAGAAGGCUCGAGUACGUGUUCACACAUGAUGCUUGCUUGAUUUCUGUCUCUCCACAUUUUAAAAGGAUCCGUGACUACAAAACUGAUUGCUUAUACCAAAAUAUGCACCAGAUAAUAUUAUACAAGAUCUCUCAACAAUGGAUCAUAAUGCAGUGUCCAUGGCAACUUUCAUUUAUGGGGAUUACACCCAAUAAAGCGUAAGUACAGUAAAUACACCAGAAAAUAAAUACUGGUGUUGUA